CUGGAGAUGUCCUUGAUACACAAGCUGACAUGUCGAUAUUUGUUAUGAGCACCUCUAAGCAACUAUACGUCGGUCAGAAAAAGAGAGGAAGAUUCCAUCAUUCUAGCUUCUUGGCUGGAGGGGUCACGAUAGUUGCAGGGACGCUAGGGGCAGAGAAUGGAACUUUGAAGUCUAUCUCACCAUUCACCGGCCAUUAUCAGACAACAAGUGAACGUCUCGAAACGUUUCUAUCAUUUUUCAAGGAAAAUGGAGUGAACCUUAGUGAAGUCCAGAUACUGGAGCCAGAUGAAAAUUACAGGUCUUGAAGUUUGUUGUGUGCAUCACAAU